AGAAACCGCACCACCCGCGCACGCGCCAUUUGUGAACAACAAAUAUUUGUUUAAAAUCGGCAGGUGGACAGCAAGCAGCCGUCUGGCAUCACAUUCCCGCUUGGCUAAAUAACGGAGGAGGUUUCUUCAUGCUGGACCAGCUUCCUGAUUCCAGCCCUGUCUCUGUCCGGGCAGCCACCUUCCCUGCUGCUAAAUGAAGGAGGAAAUCCCUUAAGAGUGUUUUCACUAACUAACUGGGCCAUGCUUCCUUUAGCCACAUUACCACCAACUUCAGGACAGACAGUUCCAUACCAAUUACGAGAUAUAUCACUGUUCUGUUAUCAUGUGUUUAUGGCAGUAGAACCACAGCGCAUCACUGGAACAUAAAUACUCCCACCCAUGCAUAUAUAUAUGCACAACAUACACAGCCAGCAGUGCUAAGAUAAAGAGGGAUGGGCUUGUUCCUUAACCUACUCAGCUCUCAGACCGUGCGCUUCAUUAAUGACAGCUCAGGUCACCGACUGACCUCGAAGUCACUGCUGAUCCCCUCAGCGUUCUCACCAUGAUCCUAUACCUGCUCUUCUCCGUUCUUAUCCUCAGUAAUGUGGAAUCACAAACAGCCAACAUGACAGUGGAGAAGAUGAGCAAAGUUGAUGGGAACCAAACACUCAGAGAGUUCAGCAAUAACAACAGUACAAUGAAACCAGGCCAUGUGACAUCCAUUUUGAGCAAAGAUGAGAAGACUCUAAUUGAGGAUGAACUGGAAAACAACCAAACAUCUGCUUUUAUCACAGAGGAUGAUGAGAAUUUUCAGGACCAGGAAAAUGAGUUUCCAGGCAGACAUUGCUUCGAGGACUUGCUGGAAGGGUACAUUCACAUGUGUGGUGCAGUUUUUCACAAAGAAAUGAUGUCACUCAACACAGAAGACUGGUGUGUGCUGGAAAAUAUCAUCAGACCAUACAACAACAUGAUAGUAUGCUUGGAGCAUAUUUCUCCUUUGGUCGGCUGUUAUUACCCAAACUCCAACAUCCAGGAGUUCUUCCACCACAUCCACUCUUACUACUUCCACAACUGCUCCAUGGAGGAGCUUUCUCUUGUGGACGCUCCUCACGGGCUGGUGAUCACUCUCACUCUCAUCCCUGUGAGCCUCAUCCCCGUACUGGUUUAUCUGGUGGUUUGGAAAAGUAAAGUGAGAGUGAGUGAGUAAUGUUAGACCAUCGUGCUACCAUAAGCCUCAAGUCACAGUACAUGUUGUGAGAAUAUGUAUUUAUUAUUAUUAUUAUUAUUAUUAUUAUUAUUAUUAUUAUUAUUAUUAUUAUUAUUAUUAUUAUAUUAUUAUUAUUGUAUACUUAUUGGUGCUUUCCUUUCAUUUGAUAUGUGCAUUCAUAGUCGUUUUAAACACCUUUUUUUUGGCAGUUUGGCAGUUUGACAUUGUGACCGCUUCCUGAGGACGGGCUAAAUACAUAUAUUUUCUGUGUACAGAGGCUGCAUUUUAACACAUUCUGCUGAAUUGUUUUUAAAAUAUCGAGUGUCGUGCGUAUACACAAUUUCUUUACAUGUAACUUUUUACAUACUUAUAUUAUUAUAAUUUUUUAUCAUAAAUAAGACUUUUCUGUGUAAGAUAUAUUUUGUCUCAAAAAUCAGUGAUGAUCGAUGUACAUUUCAAGAAACGUGUCAGCCUGAUUUGGCCUAACUACUAUUUAAAAAAUGGUAAAAAGAAUGGAAAAAAAGAGUAAUCCACACAUGACACCAGACUUGUACAUCAUUUGCGUCUUCCAAGAUACAAAAAAAAACGUAUCAGAUAAAUGGGAGCUCAGUUGUAGAAUAAAUAUCAUCGUAUUGCAACACAAUUCUCCUCUACUACUCCUCCAAACUAUAAAUUCAGGCUUAGAGCUUUUUUAAACUACUUGACAUGUUUUAACUACUUGACUUCUUUUUCCUGGUGUAUUUUCUAGUAGUUGUAGUUGUUUUCAGCAAUUGACAUGUUUUCCUCUAAUACAUUUAGAUUUGAAAUGUUAUUUUUUCACCCAUUUCUUGGUGAGAUCCCUAUGAACACAAUACUCUAUUCCUAUAAUGCAUUAUGGAUUUUUUUCUUUUCUUUGUGCAAAUAAAUAAACUAAACCUAAACCCAGGUGCAUGCAAACCUGCAAGGAGCUGAACUCAUGGUGGGUGACAAGUGCAUGCACAAAUAAAAA